AUGGACACACCUGUGCUGGGUGGUUCCCUGGUGACUACGUCAAUCCAGUAUCCGCAGAAUGGGAAAGCCGCUGAGACAGGCAAUCAGAACACAGCCACCGCUCUAUUUGACUACGUAGCUGGUCAGUCGGACGAGUUGUCGUUUCGUGCUGGUGAUGUGAUUGUGAUUGUGGAAAAGAAAGACGCCGAUUGGUGGGCGGGGCAUAAAGUUGACACGCCCAAUGUUCGUGGUCUCUUCCCAGCGAAUUAUGUCCAGUUGAGGUGA